GUCGAGAGAUAGUUCGUUUGCAUGGCUUUCCUCGCUCUAUCGUAUCGGAUAGAGAUCGGAUCUUUAUAAGUACAUUCUGGACGGAAUUAUUUAAAGCACAGGGGACUCCCCUGGCUCACAGCACAGCCUACCAUCCACAAACGGAUGGGCAAACGGAAGUCUUGAACAGAUGCUUGGAGACAUACUUGGGGUGUUUUGCUUCAAAUAGGCCUCAAGUUUGGAAUUAGUUCUUGCAUUGGGCGGAGUACUGGUAUAACACUUAACUUUUGUUGGAACGAGAUGAAAUGUUGACUGAGUUGAAGGUGCACCUUUUUAAAGCACAGCAGCGCAUGAAACAGGAGGCUGACAAGCACCGUCGUGAUGUCCAGUUUGAAGUUUGGGAACUAGUUUACCUCAAACUUCGGCCUUAUCGUCAGAAAUCCUUGGCUAAGCGCCUAAAUGAGAAGUUGUCCCCCCGUUACUAUGGCCCCUUUAAGAUUGAAUCGAAAGUGGGAAGGGUAACAUACAAGCUUAAACUCCCUGCCUCAUCAGCUAUUCAUUCCGUGUUCCAUCUAUCCCAGUUACGUAAGGCCAUUAGUAGUGUUAAGCCCAUUUCUGCCUUUCCUCCACAACUCUCGGCUACAGGGGAAUUCAUCUUGGAGCCAGAAAUAAUUUUGGGAGUUCGCCCUAAUGCUGGCCACACUGCUGCAAGUCUGGACAUUUGAUCAAGUGGAAGAAUCUUCCAGGCUAC